CAACUACUACUUCCGGUACAGUCACCAACCCUACAGGAAAAAGAGCAGAGGAUUGGACAGACGCGCAUCUACAAGCAUACGCGAAGAAUAAUUCAACCACGUAUUCCUAUAUAAAGAAGAUUUUAUGUAUAUUUUCACAGAAACUUUUGCUAACCCGUAAUGUGUUUGACACAGUGAUGCCCUGCUUCCGCCGGGAUUGAGUGUUUUCUACGAUACAUCUGAUCUGAUGCAACAUGGCAACAUCACAUGUGAAUCGAUGUCUCUUAAGGACAAUCACGAGAUGUCUCCGGGACAGCAGUCGACAACCAAAUGUGAUGACAGUAAGGCCUUUAGGACACUUUUCUAACUCCUCUUCAGGUAAACAGGAACAUGAAGCACGAACUGUAGUUUCACCCCAGAGUUCAGGAGGCAGAGGUCGCGCCGGUCGCCUGGCAGUCGCGUUUGGACUUGGACUCGGAGGAGCAGCAGCCUUAUAUUCAUUAAGAGACGAGGACAAUAAAGAUGCCCUUCAGAGGACAGUCGCGGUCAGGAAUUUGCUAAUUGACAGCUUACUACCGACUGUCCAAUGUGCCUCUCCAUUUAAACCUGACAGCCCGCGGUACAAGUACAACUUCAUCGCGGAUGUGGUUGAGAAGUCCACACCUGCUGUAGUCUACAUCGAGAUCGUUGGGCGACACCCUUUUUCUGGCCGUGAAGUCCCCAUCUCGAAUGGCUCUGGCUUUAUCAUAAGUAGUGAUGGCCUGAUAGUGACCAAUGCCCAUGUGGUCGCCAACAAGCGUGGCGUCCGUGUUAAACUGACCAACGGAGAGACUUACAAUGCCACCGUCCAGGAUGUAGACCAGGCUGCAGAUAUCGCAACCAUCAAAAUCAAUGCUAAGCAUCCCCUCCCAACGCUGCGUCUCGGCCAGUCGUCUGACGUGCGUCAGGGUGAGUUCGUGGUUGCCAUGGGGAGUCCUUUUUCUCUUAAAAACACAAUCACAUCUGGAAUCGUCAGCUCCGCCCAAAGAGGAAGUAAAGAACUGGGCCUGUCCAACUCUAAUAUUGACUACAUCCAGACUGAUGCUACCAUAGAUUUUGGAAAUUCAGGAGGUCCCCUUAUAAACCUGGAUGGUGAGGUCAUCGGUAUUAAUACCAUGAAAGUGACUGCAGGGAUUUCCUUCGCCAUUCCCUCAGACAGAGUCCGCCUCUUCCUUGACCGUGCAGCAGACAAACAGAAGUCCUGGUUUGGAGAUUCAGGAUCAAAACGGCGUUACAUUGGAGUGAUGAUGCUGACUUUGACCCCCAGUAUAAUUGAAGAGCUGAAGAUGCGUGACAUAUCCUUUCCUGAUGUUUCUCAUGGAGUUCUCAUCCACCGUGUUAUUAUAGGAUCUCCAGCCAAUAGAGCUGGAAUGAAACCAGGCGAUGUUAUUGUUGAGAUAAACGGGGGAAAGGUGAACACGUCAGAGGAGAUCUAUAAUGCUGUGAGAACAAGCGACAGCUUAAACGUGGUGGUCCGGCGGGGGGCCGACCUCCUCAUGCUGCACAUGACCCCUGAGUACACGGAGUGACGUUACGUGACGCUUAAGCAUAUAAAUAAGAGAGCAAGAAAUCGUUCGGCUGAGUGAGAAAUAAGAAGAUGUGAGAUAGAAAAUUAUUUUAGUUGGAGAUGUUUUAAGAAGGUAAUAAUGUAAAGCGCUGAACAGUAUAGUAGCAAAGUUGGACAAUGUAGUCGAAAAUAUUUUAAUUGUGCAGUUUGUGCACUUUUUUUUGGAAGUGUUUGAAUUAGUGUGGAUGAUUCUGAGCAUAACACUGGAUAAAUAUCAGUGUGUCCUCUCAAACUGCACUGUAUCAGUACUGUUUCUGAAGGAAUACCACUAAAUAUUUGUAUGAAACACGGUUUGUCAUGAGAUGAGGAACAUUUGCCUGCCAUAAUAAAAUAGGGUGCUUUUAUUCCGACAUUGCAGAUUUUUUUUGUAUUCAGUGUAUUUUAAUACAUUUUUAAAACAGCUGUGAUUUUACAAUAAAACAUUGGAAUAUUAACUUUU